CCCGGCCCCCGCCACAUCUGCGGCACAUGUAAGCGAGCUGAGCUGCGCGCGCCGACCAGGAGGAGGGGGGGGGGCAAAAAACAACAUGGACUUCAAAUCGGAGCUGCUCAAGUCCAUCUGGUACGCCUUCACCUCGCUGGAUGUGGAGAAGUGCGGAAAAGUGUCCAAAUCUCAGCUGAAGGUGCUUUCUCACAACCUGUACACGGUGCUGAACAUUCCGCACGACCCCGUGGCCUUGGAGGAGCACUUCCAGGACGACGAUGACGGGCCCGUGUCCAAUCACGGCUACAUGCCCUACCUCAAUAAAUACAUCCUGGAUAAGGUGAAAGAAAGCAUGUUCGACAAGGAGAGGUUUGACGACCUGUGCUGGAUGAUGACCAUGAAGAAGAACCGAAAGGGCCCGCCGCCAGAGGGGGCGCUGCUGUCUGAGAGGAACUGCUUCAAGCUGUUCUGCCUCUUCAACUUGCUCUCCGAGGACCGCUACCCGCCGGUCAUGAUCCCGGAGGAGGUGGAGUAUCUCCUGAAGAAACUGUGCAGCGCCAUGAGUCAGGAGUGGGACGGCAAGCCCCUGGAGGAGCUGCUAUCCCAGAAUGCCGCGCUGCACGAGGAGCGCCUGUCCGUCUGGAGCUUCCUGGAGCACAUGGACACCGGACGCCUGCUGCGGGUCACCAGCGUCGAGGCCUUCAGCCUGGCCUUGCACGAGGUCUUCCUGGAGAUGUACCACAACGUCCUGAAGAGGGGCUACAUGUGGAAAAAGGGGCACGUGCGGCGGAACUGGACCGAGCGCUGGUUCGUGCUCAAGCCGUCCUCCAUGGCCUACUACGUCGGCGAGGACCUGAAAGACAAGCGAGGAGAGAUCCAGCUGGACAAGACUUGCGUCAUCGAGCCCAUUCCAGACCGAGAGGGAAAACGUUGUUUGUUCUGCGUAAAAACUCACAACAAAACCUAUGAGAUGAGCGCCUCGGACCAGAGACAGAAGGUGGAGUGGAUGCAAGCCGUGCAGACAGCCCUGCGUCUGCAGAGCGAGGCCAAGCUGUCGUUGCACCGCGAGCUGAAGGCCAAGAGGCGGGUGCAGCGGGAGCACAGCCAACGGGAGCGCAGCUGCAGCACCCUCAGCAGCUGCAGCAGCCAAUCGGAGGACUCCAGCACCCUGGAGGCGGAGCGCACCGACAAGGACCGGCAGGACCUGGAGAUAGAGAGCAUCAUACAGCAUGCGCGGGAAAUGGAAACCCGGCGGCGGGAAGUGGAGGAGCGGGAGAGGAGGAAGCAGAUGGAGGUGCAGAUGGAGCUGGAGAGACAACUGGAAGAGGCACAAAUGAUGAGGGAAAGUAUGCGGGCGGAGAUGCAGGAGCGGGCCAAAGAGGCCGAGCGGCAGCGCCAGAGAAUACAAGAGCUGGAGGUCACACAACGCAAAAUGGAGGCCGCACUCAACAUGGAGAUACAGGCACGGAUGGAGGAGGAGAAGGCCAGGCAGGAGCUGGAGAGGCUGCUGGAGGCCGAGGAGGAGAAGAAGCGGCAGUUCCAGCUCCUGGAGGAGCAGCAGCGGGUCCUGCGCAGCUUCAGCCCCGAUGAGGACGGCGCCGCCCCCGACACGGACCACGACCGCAGCCACGACAUAGACCUCCACGCCCCCGACGCUCUUCACUCGGCCUCCCGGGAGCUUCAGGAUCUGCAGGCGUCACGGCAGAGGAGCCACCAGCGCCUGGAGGAAGUACAGGAGAAGCUGAGGAACGCCAGUCAACAUGUCCGCCACUGGAACGUCCAACUGAACCGCCUCAUGAAGCCCAUCAGCCCUGGAGAACGUUUGGCGCGUAUCCCCUCCAAACUCUCAUGCCCCAAGAAGGAAGGCGCUCUGGCCAGCAACGAGUUCAUCUCCAGGUUCAAGAUCCAAGGCGCUCACAAUAGCCAUGCGCCCGAGGAGUACCGGGACCCCCUGGAGGAGCGCAUGGAGGCGGCCAACCUGUCGGACGACUCGGACAGUGCGGCCGAAACGUCCAACGGGACAAUAUGACCACGUGGAAAUGAGCAUUGUUUUGAUAUUUAUCGUGACAUGUAAUGAAGAUCUGUAAUGACGCGCACAUUCCAUGAGGACAGAGAUUUACAAAAAAACAUUUUCUUGCAAGUUGUGAUAAAUGUAAUUAUAAUUAUACAUAAUUAUAUCGUAAAUCAUU